UCCGAAUAUUAUUAGCGCUUCAGUUACAGCAACUGUCUCUCCGACAUAUCCUGUUUUUAUUGGACUGGAUGCUAAAUAAGGACAAUCAAAUGGCACAUUCUAAAGACUCCCAAGCAACGAAUUGCCAUAUCUCCUCAUGCCUGCUCCGAUGAAGAUUAGUUAUGCUUCAUAUUUCCAAACGACCAAAAAAGGUACACCCCACGACAAAACAAAAUGUUAGGAAGUGGAAACCAUUCCCUGAUGACAGACGAGCAGUGACUAUAAAUAAGCCUCAGGGUCUAACGACAAAUCUACGUCAAGAGGAAACCAGGAACUCUACAGCACAGAAGCACGCAACCGAGGCGGUCAAAGAGAACGCUGUCAACAAGGCUGCCAGUAAAGCACUUCUGGAAAGAACUAACAAAAUCAAGGAUACAUUUAACUUAACAGGAUCUGUCAGACUCAGGUGCACACGUAGCUCUCAGACCCAACAUGGCCUGUUUGCAGACCUUAAUGGCAGGAGGAGGUCUUUUUGAGGCAGGCAGUUGUCCCAGAGUGUCCCGCAGGAAGUAAAGCCUCCCAGAAGGGUGGUCACAAAGAAGUCCAGGAAAGGCCGGUCACCUAGGAAACAAGAUACUAUGAAAAACCUAGAAUUUUCUGGCCCCAGUAGGAAUGACCAACAAGACAAGGCACUUGUUUCCAAUAAAGGGCAUCUACCCAUUAACAUACGCUCUGAAAGAAUCGAAGUGGAACACAGAGAAUCAUUUGUUUACAAGACUUCUGAUGUGGAGAGGGAAAAGGACAAGGUCACCGCUGAAGCGGUAGAAAAUAAAAGCAUCCCUGUGCCCAUUCAGAAUACAGAGGAACUGAACACCGAAGAGUCAAAUGAUUCGCUUGUGAAAGAGUGUGACCCAGCUGCUAAAGUGGACUUUGUUUGUACAUUUAAUACCUCAGAUCCAAAAGCAACAGCUCUCUCACAGUCACAUGACAUUGCUUCCGAUAUCAUACCAGACAGCCGUUCUCAAAUUGUCUCCACUGUGUUUUCUGGUUUGUGUAAUCUUUUUAAAGAAUUACCAGCACUUCAGCACACUCCAGAUGCCUCUACAGUGGAGGACGAACAGCAUAUUAGUCCCAAAGACAUGAACACCAAAGAUGCGAAUGACAAUUAUGAAGAGAUGCUAAUCAGGAAUGAAGGAGCGCUGUCGCUUCUUUCACUAAGCACAGGUUUUUACAGCUGCUCUUUGUCGAGUUUAGACGCCGAGUCUCAAACACCACAGUCUUUCCAAAGUAAACUGCUAAGCAGCUCGGAGAGCACUCAGUCUUCGUUUGGUACUGAGUCAGACAUUUGGAGCUCAGAUCCAGCUCCAGGCCAUGUUGAAGCAGCAGCAGGUGCUUCCACACUUCUGAAUCCAGACUUACAUCAGUGUUUAUUUCGGGCUUUGGAGGGAAAGGAAAGGAAAAAGAGGAGGCGAUGUGGAGAAUGUGUGUCCUGCCUUCGCAAGGCUAACUGUGGACAAUGUAGCUGCUGCUUAAACCGAAAAACUUGCCAUCAGAUCUGUAAGCUCAGGAAAUGUGUGAAACUGAAGGUGAGGUGCAAAGAUCUUUCCAAAGCAAGAAAAAGAGACCGAGUCUCCAAGGUUGAGUCACAGAGCAUCUCACUAAAUGGCACUAGUUCAGAGCAGAUGGACGAGGAGUUGCCAGAGGAAGAGGCGUGUGACGAAUCUCAAGCACACUCUGCUCCACCUCAGUCUCCCACGCUUUUCUGCCGUGGCCCUUCACCCACCCCGGCUGACGGAGAUCUCCGGCCUGCUGUCAGCAACCAUGCACUUCUUACUCAACACGAACCUUUAGACUUUCACAAUGGUGCUAAACACACGAAACCAAACACUGAGGAACAAACUGCUUUCACUGACAUGCAGUCAGGUUCAUCAAACGUGCUCGCCUAUGAUCGGCCUAUCAAAACACUUUCUGAAAAGAUUUCUCCUUCGAAGAAGAUCAAGCUGGAACAGCCAGACAUGGUGGCAGAUGAACAAAUAACUUCACACUUAGAUAGCAACAUCUACUAUGAAGAUGCUUUGUCUACACUAGCAUCUGUAGUAUGUUCCACCAUCACUGAUAGGAAGGCUUUGGUGGAGAAGUUUUUUGGUGCUCAGACUAUAGACGUCAGUUCUUUUAAAACUGAAAACAGAGAGGAACCAUGUGAACAACAUUCACAUCAAGAACAGACUUCUAACAACCCACAAGGUGCUCAUAACCCUUGUCAGAAAGACUUAGAUGCCUCAUUAUCUAGUAUCCAGUCUUUAGUUGAUCAUAGGAAUAUAAGUAUUGACCAGGCCAUAGCUAUUGAGGCCUUAACCCAGCUGGCAGCUACCCCAGAAAUGGCACACAUCAAAAAGGAAAAUCAGGGUCAGAACCCUCAUGAAAGCACAUCAUGCACAAACCUUGCAUCAAGCAAUUCUAUACCUCAAGAGGUUGUUUCUAAUAAAGUCUCGGUAAUCAGUUCAUCCCUGCAUCAGGCAUCUGUUAUCUGCAGUCCGAUAAGCAAGCAGGAAAACGUUCCCCAUACCAGCACACCCACCUCCUACAAACUGUCCUUACAGGACCUUUUGAAGGCUAGCUCAGAAUGUGGAAAAACUUUGCAACCCCCAGAGAAUGGAAAAUUAAAUCAAGCACUUUGUAAAACAGAGAGGAUAGAUGGCACUUUUAAAAAAAUCAAGAAUGUUGAUAGAACAAAUAGUUUAAGGAGGAAAGAUGAAGAGGAGGUUGCUGCACAGUUGCUUCAACUGGCAUUUAGAAUUGAAUCACAACACAAGCCAGUGUCCUCUGAAAACAGUCCUCCAAACGGUGUGCCGAGUGAAAUCAUGAAAUACAAUCAAGGCUUUGGGCAACAUAUCAAAAAGCAAAGCAAACCAAAAUCAGCACCCAGGAUAACAAAAAAGAGAGCCCCUGCGAUUAAGAAAGGCAACCAUCGGAUACCACUAGCCAAGAGGUCACCCAACGGUAAAGCCCCUCUAAAAAUAAAGGCUCAAAGGGAGGCUUUACAGCAAAAUGCAAAACUGCAUUCCAAGUGGAACCCAUUUCUACCACAAACACAAAUAGACCUGAAGAAAUACCUAGGACAGGCCUAUAAUGAAAACAGGCGUCGUUUUCAUUUCAGCAACUCCCACAAGAAAGAGCUCUUAGACCCGCAGACUCUCUUGAGCUCUGGGAACCAGAACACAGUUCAUUUCGAAACAGACCAUGCAGCUCUGAGUCACUGCCAUGGUAACCAGCCUCAACCAAACGGACAUUGUCAUAAUCUUACAAAUGGUCACGUCGGUGCUACCCACAGCCUAAGGCAUGAAUGUGAAGAACACUUGACUUCUCAGGUAUCAAAAUCUGACAGUGUGCUAUAUUACGGUGCUAAGCCCCAAGCCCAGGGUGUUGUGACUAAUGACCACAGGGAAAACCAAUCACAGAGCCCAGGGAGGCAACAUAAAGUAAACAACCUGAAAUGUGAGCCACGACAGGCGUCUGCUUGUCACAAUGGGUAUUACAAAGUGGAAACAUCUGGCUCUGUUACCGUAUUGUCCGUGUCAAACCAAAAUUCGGAAAGUGGUGAUGUGAAUCGCCCCGGAGAAUACACUCCAACAAAGCAAACUCUCAACAGCUUUUUGGAAUCACCCCUAAAGUUUUUGGACACCCCAACAAAAAACCUAAUCAACACCCCCUCCAAAAAAAUCUCAGAUCUUCCUUCCUGUGACUGUAUGGAUCAAAUUAUUGAAAAAGAAGAGGGCCCAUUCUACACCCACCUUGGAUCUGGUCCAACUGUAGCGGCAGUACGAAAGAUGAUGGAGGACAGGUAUGGAGAGAAAGGUAAAGCAGUACGCAUGGAAGUUGUUGUAUAUACUGGGAGAGAAGGCAGGAGUUCCCAGGGUUGUCCAAUAGCAAAAUGGGUGAUUCGUCGGGGCAGUGAGGAGGAGAAGCUGCUGUGUCUUGUGCGCCAGCGUGUAGGUCACUGCUGUGAAAAUGCUGUGAUUGUCAUUCUCAUUCUGGCCUGGGAGGGAAUUCCGCGCAAUAUGGCUGACAAGCUGUACCAGGACCUGAGACACACGCUGUACAAAUACGGCUCUCCCACCAGCCGUCGCUGUGCCCUUAAUGAGGACCGUACUUGUGCUUGUCAGGGUCUUGAUCCGAAUACCUGUGGAGCCUCCUUUUCUUUUGGCUGCUCAUGGAGUAUGUACUUUAACGGAUGCAAGUUUGCACGCAGCAAGGUGCCUCGCAAGUUUCGGCUGCAUGGGGACUACCCUGAUGAGGAAGAGAAGUUGGAAGACCAUCUGCAGAAUCUGGCAACAGACGUGGCUCCCUUGUACAAAAGACUUGCACCUGACGCCUAUCAAAACCAGGUGGCACAGGAGGAGUCUGGGAUGGACUGUCGUUUGGGCACAAGAGAAGGUUGUCCAUUCUCUGGUGUAACAGCUUGUGUAGAUUUCUGUGCUCAUGCUCAUAAGGAUACACAAAACAUGACCAACGGGAGUACUGUGGUAUGCACUUUAACUAAAGAGGACAACCGUGCUGUGAGAAACAUUCCAGAGGACGAGCAGCUCCAUGUCUUGCCUCUCUAUAGGAUCUCUGACACCGAUGAGUUUGGUCGAGUGGCGGGUCAGAGGGCAAAGAUAGAUACAGGAGCCCUGCAGGUGCUCUCUGCCUUCCCGAGAGAGGUACGUCUGCUGGCUGAGCCUGUCAAAUCUGCUCGCAAACAGAGACUGGAAGCCAAGAGAGAGCGAGAGAAACAGAAAAGCCUGGGACUAAAGCAGCUCACCCCAGUGAAAGUCAAGAACGAGCCUCUUAAAGGUUUUAAAAGCACCUUCCCUAAGCAUUCGCCAAAUUUCAAAGUGGAACCACACAAUCCAUGUUCAGCCUUGCAAUUGACUCCAGACAUGAGUAGCCGCUCAUCAGGUUUAACGGACUCACCCAGCCCCUACAGGGGCACCCAUAGCUCAAGUAAACACACAACAACACUUCCUUCCUCCCCCCAUCCAAGUGUUACUGGCUGUCAUUCUGACUAUGCUGGAGAAUUUCCCCAGCUCCCACACACUCCAGGACUCGAGCACUGCACUCAAGAGUUCUCAGAACGAAAACCCUUCAGUAACGAUGGGUUACAUAUGAACAACUCCUCACAAGCCAAGUCCACGGCAUUCCAUUGGUCAGUAAAGACCGAGCCUGAGGAGACUCGCUGCUUACAGGGUGGAGCUGCUCCUAGACUGCAGUCCCCAUGCCGAGCCGAGGGUCUCCACAGUCACCUAAACCGUCAAGCACAACCAGACCUGAACAGCUACCAUGAUGAUCCAGCAAGCAUUCUGCGACCCUUUACUCCCGAAGAUGUCAAAGCUGAGGAGGUGUGGUCAGACAGUGAGCAUAACUUCCUGGACAGGGAUAUCGGCGGUGUCGCGGUGGCACCGUCUCACGGCUCCAUCCUCAUCGAGUGCGCUCGGCGAGAGCUUCAUGCCACCACACCCAUCCUGCGACCCAACCGCAGUCACCCCACCCGUAUCUCUCUGGUGUUUUACCAGCACAAGAGCCUUAACACACCCGGCCAUGGCCUGCUCCAGUGGGAGGCCAAGAUGGCCGAAAAGGCCAGGGAGAAAGAGGAAGCUGAGCGGCUGCUACUCCAUCCUGGAAGCAUGGAGGCCCACGGUGCUGCCGAAGCCAGACUGUCAACACCAGUUAAGAAAGAAACCGAAAGUGAAGAGGAGGAUGCAUGGCAAGAUGAGAGGGAAAAGCUGCAGGUCCCUACUCGCCAGUCGAUUUCAGUUACCAGGGAUCAUGUCAUCAUGUCGGCUCCAUACGCCCUUACCCACGUCACUGGGCCUUAUAACCGCUGGACGUGACAGUGGCCAUGCCACUUUUAGCUAAUGCCUUACCUCAGUCAGCUUUUCUUUGACAGCUUUUUUAGACAUUCUCUUUUUUUUGUUCUGGCUCUUCAUCUCAGCUUUUCAAACGCUGACUACCAUUUGUCAAUUUUUAACUGUGAGUUUUAGUGUGUGUGUUUGUACAUGUAUGUGUUUUUACUGUUAAGAGAUGGUGCUCAUGACAGAUGUUCAAAAUCUGGUUUUAUACAAAAAGAUGAACGUGCAUAGAAGAUGUGACUAUUUAUUUGGAUUGUUUUCAUUACGAUUUGUAUUUAAUUUUCGGUCCAAGCCUGUUUACUGCAAUACGACUACGUCAGCCUGAAAGGGACGUGUGUAGUAAACACUCAGAAUUAACAUUGUAAAAUGUGAAUUCUAUUGCUUCACUAAGCUUGGGUGCUUUCGUCAGAUAUUCAGUAGUUGCUGUUUUAUGGUGCCGUUGUAGCAGUAACUGUGAAUAAUGAUGAUUAUGGAAUAGUCAUUAAGCUUUGGAUUGUGACAAAAAACAAUUGUUGUUGCUUAGAUUGAAACAUGUAGCAUUGGUUUAUCACACAGUGAUACUGGUAAUGAAGGUACAUAGAUUCAGAAUUAUGAAAAAUGAUUCCCAGUGCACAAGGCAUUGUUUGAAAAAAAAAAAAAAAAAAGCACUUUGAAACAACUUGACUUUUGAAAUGUCCUGUAUGCACAGUUUUUGUUUGUGUUUUUUUAAAUUAGGAAGCUCUUUCAUCCAAUAUCUGUAUAUAGGCUUUGCAUGUUUGUUGAAAAUCUAUGUUAUUUUUUUAAACCACAUUUGUGAAAGCAAUAAUCAUGGAAGGUUAUAUGCUGCGUUUUGAUAAUGUGUCAAAUCUACACCAUUGUAUUACUAGAACUUAUAUAAGUAAACAAUAUCACUAGUUUCCCGAUUUUUUUAGGUAUUUUAACUUCUUCAGAUUUUAAAAAUAUAACUUGAAAACCGCAUUUUAUACAAGCAGACAUGUAUAAUCUUGUCGUGCAAGUGUGCUAAUGUCUGAACAGUUUUACUGUAAGUUUCUCCAUGGUGCUUUUUAGAGAAGAAGUAUAUAUA